AGCCAAGACCCUAGCUAAAGAGGACGUGAACAGAGACAAGGACACAACACCAGACCUGCUUCCCAGUGGCAGGAGUAGAUGACCAGGAGCUGAAGGGCUCUUACAAGACAGGACAUCAGGAGCUUGGCUUGCGCCUGAAAACAGUGGUGCAUGGAGGGACACUGACUUGUGGCCUGCAAGCAACCGCUUUCUGGAGACACAGAUGUGUGAGGACAAGUAGAGCAACUGAACAAUUAUGGCAGUGGUGCAGCCUGGCCUGCAGGCAACCUGGAGUGGCAUCGGCGGGGAACAGUAAAAGCCAGGCGCACACCUACACUUCUGUCCUCCUCCCCAGAGACCCACAAGGCCACAAUGUCUUGAUAUUUCUUGGAAGGUGCUUGAAGUUCCCUCUGGGCUGGGGAGACAAGUACAAAACUCGCCUGUCUCUUGCAAGGGGGAAAGCUUGCAGUGUGAGUGUUUGCUUCAGGCUGGAAAACGGGGAGCCAAACAAGUUAUUCAGUGGCUGGAGAGACCUGUUCCUUCUCUUCUCCUGCAUUGAGUCUUCACACAGGGCUCUGGAAGGGGGAGGGGGGAACCCGGAGACCCCCCUCCCCCAGGAGAGAGCCAGACACUUAUACACCAAUCCCCCGAGCCAGAACAGAUCAGCCUACAUGGGAGGGCCACGUUUCCUGAAACCACUAAGGCAGCGAAACAUGACUGGGCUGGUCUGAGCUCUGGGGAGGCUGCUUUGUAUUAAAACUUCAGCAGGACACAGAGGCUGGCUUUUCUGCCUGUCCCCGUCCCCUCCACCCUGCCCUCCUGACUUGCCUAGAGCUGAGCUCUGGAGAACUCCUGCUAUUCCCCCCUCCCUCCCGCCUUCCCCUGCGGCUGGAAAUCGGAUACCAGGGAGAGAGACUCAAGCGAUUAGAGCCAUUGGAGAGAGAAGAGUUUAUAAUGCUGGACUUGGGUCAUUCGCCUUGUUGAACAGUGACUGGCACCAAGAGAGGCAAGGAAGGGAGGUGGGAGAACCGGGACAGAGCCCAAGUGUCUGACAGCGGGGUCCUCCGACCAGACUUGUAUCACGGGCACAGAAAGAGACUGUCUCUCAAACUGAAGUUGGAAGCCGGGCUUGACAUUCAGCUGAGGACAGAGAGAGGUUGAGAGAGGGAGACCCACUCGGCUCAUCUGGAAUCCAGACGACCACCUGCCUUGAUACCCGACAAAACGGGACCCACGUGGGGGAACGCGGUACCCCCGUCUCAACAUGUUGUCAUGAUGGAGAGAGGACGGCAACUUUGGUCCAUGGCUGUGGAGUAACGCCUGAGGAACAGUGAGUGAAAGCACAAGUGGACAGGGGGUCUCUGCCUGUGAAGGAUGCUGAAGAAGAGCAGCCUGGUCCUCUGGGGCGUGGUGCUCUUCGUGGCCUGGAACGCCCUUCUCCUCUUCUUCCUGUGGACCCGGCCUCCGGCUUCCUCUGAUGACCAUAGCCAUUUGACUGAGGAGGUCAUCAGGCUGGCCCAGGACGCUGAGCAGGAGCUGGAGCGCCAGAAAGACUUGCUGAGGCAGAUCCACCACUACAGUGCCCUUUGGAGCAAGAAGAGGAAAAAGGCAGAGGAAAUGGGUCGGGUUCCUCCAGCCGCUCCCUCCAAUGCUGGGGCUGUGCCCGCAACAGGUACGGUUCCGCACCGCCCGCGGAUCUCGCCAGAUGCCAUCCUGCCCGUGCUAGUGAUUGCCUGUGACCGGAGCACAGUGCGCCGGUGCCUGGACAAGCUGCUGCACUACCGGCCUUCCCGGGAGCGCUUCCCCAUCCUUGUAAGCCAGGACUGUGGGCAUGAGGAGACGGCGCGGGUCAUUGCUUCUUACGGCGAUGCAGUCAUGCACAUCAAGCAGCCGGACCUGAGCGACAUUAAUGUGCCCACCGACCACCGCAAGUUCCAAGGCUAUUACAAGAUUGCCCGGCACUACCGCUGGGCCUUGAGCCAAGUCUUUCGCACCUUCCAGUACCAGGCGGUCAUUGUAGUGGAGGAUGACCUGGAGGUGGCACCAGACUUCUUUGAGUACUUCCAAGCAACCUUCCCACUGCUGCUGGCUGACCCCAGCCUGUGGUGCAUCUCUGCCUGGAAUGACAAUGGCAAGGAGCAGAUGGUGGAUGCAAGGCAGGCAGAGCUGCUCUACCGCACGGACUUCUUCCCUGGCUUAGGCUGGUUACUGCUCUCAGAGCUGUGGGACGAACUGGAGCCCAAGUGGCCUAGGGCCUUUUGGGACGACUGGAUGAGGCAGCCGGAGCAGCGGCGGGACCGCUCCUGCGUAAGGCCCGAGGUCUCGCGCACCAUGACCUUUGGCCGCAAGGGCGUAAGCCACGGGCAGUUCUUUGAUCAGUACCUGAAGUUCAUCAAGCUCAACGACCGCUUCGUGCCUUUCACCCAGAUGGACCUCUCCUACCUCAAGAAGGAGGAGUACGAGCACUCGUUCCUGCCCAAGGUCUAUAGUGCCCCCGAGCUGCGAGUUGAGGAGCUUCAGGGAAACAAGCGCCAGGAGCUGGGCACUGUUCGGGUGCAGUACACCAGCCGUGACUCCUUCAAGGCCUUUGCCAAGGCCCUGGGUGUUAUGGACGACCUCAAGUCAGGCGUGCCCCGUGCUGGUUACCGUGGCAUUGUCAGCUUUCUCUACCGUGGCCGGCGUGUCUACCUGGCCCCCCCCUCUGACUGGACAGGCUAUGACCCUACCUGGAGUUAGCACAGUCUCUCCUGGGACAUUGACCCUUCAGCAUGUUGGGACCCUACGAGAUGGGGAGGAUGUGUGUCUAUGUGUGUGCAUGUGUGUCUGUGUGCGCGAGUGUGUGUGCGUGCGUGCUCCAGAAUGAGGAGGGGGCACACAAACUUUGUAUUUUUGUUUUAUGCGUGGCAUUCGAGUGCAUUCCGGGUCAGGACAGGCGUGUUUGUGCACUUAAAACUAGGGUAAGGGAGUGGGGAGACAGGAAUUGUUGUGAACCCCAUUGAAGGCGGAGCUGGUUGGCAUGGGCUAGGAUACUCUCCACAGCCCUCUGCCCCAGUGUCUCUCCUUUCUCUGGCUUGGUAAUCUCCCCUCUACUACAUCCCUGGUGGCUUCUCCGUGGGCUGCAUUCAGAAUGCUCAAUCAUGCCCAAAAAUGGAUAACCUACCAGGGGCAAGCUAGGGUUUGAUAGAGCUGAACCAAACUGGACAACCAGUGGCUUCCUUCCAGCAUAGGUAUUAUCCAUCAGAGGAGCAACAGGGUGGGGGGUAGCAUGAAGGUGACUCCAGAAGUUGGGAUAGACUAAUGGAAGAACAGAACCCUUUUAACAUCUUUUGAUUAAUUUUCCCAUGGCCAUCCUUGGUUGGGGGCUCAGUGUAUAUAGGCAGGGACCUCCUUGAGGGAUCAGCUUUGGCAAUCCAUAGUGGGAGUGGAACAGCAGAGAUAACAGGACCUCCAGGUGGUCCUGCCAGAGCUAUCUUUUUUAUAGCGGGGCAUUGUGUAGAGGUCAGGGGCUGUCUUGUCCAUCACAACCCUCUUGAUGCUCCAUAUCACCAGUGCUGUCUUGGAUGGAGUGAUAAGAAACCACUUAUCCUUUGAUUUUCUUUCCUCCCUCCCACAUUGGUCAUCCUGUAACCUUCUCUAGCUCCAUGGUGCAGCAGCGAUGCAGGGACAUCUUGCACUUUAAAUCUCUUCUUUGUUGGGCCUCAUCUAACAGUUGGUGGCAGGAAUGGAGCAUCAAGAGCCCCAUGCCUUUUGACCUCCUCAGUGGGUUCCAGUUGCCCUGCGGUUCUGGGGUGUGUUGGUCAUCUUGAGCUGUCUCCACCAAGUGAACCCCCUCUCUCUCCUUAUGCGCAGCCAUUCCUCUCUUCACAAUGGGUAUUCCACAGCGGUUGUCUCUUUCCCCAUGUAAUCCCAUAGUAUGGAGGAGGCUUGUUGCGAAGCCAGGGCAUAAAGACCCAGCUUGUUAUUUUCCCUAGGGAAGAAAGGGGAGUCUCAAACUGCAGACUGCCUUAAUCCUCAUUGGGAAUUUCUUUCUUCUCCGUAGUCAGGUUUUUGCUCAAAGUUGGCUCAUCGCUCCUGCAUGGGCUUCCACCCUGUGUCCCCUGAGAGAUCAUAAUUGAUCCUCUGUUGCUAUAGCAGAGGGGAAAUGGUGUAGUAAUGGGGUGGGUGAGACAUGAGACCUGGCCAUGGAGGAGAACACCAGGAAGUGAUGGAAUACAGGGGAAGAGGCUCUCUGGCCCCCCAUUUUGGCCUCGGGGAGGGGGGGUGAGGUUCUGCUAAGCGAUUCAAGAGUCACUUUUGGAAAAGGGGAGUAGGGAUUCAAACCUCAUUUGGCCAAAAUGUAGACCACACCAAAGGGUAACACUUUGUUUUUUGCUUUCCUGUUUGUUUGGUUGUACUGUUUUGUUCCCUUUUUGUUUAAAUCUCCUUGCAUCUUCCCCCAAAGGAAAAGGAGAAAUAUGAAACCAGUUGCUGAUCCAGUCCAGUUACUGGUUGAAUUCCUUAGCAUUCUGCAGCAAGUUUGGCAAAGGGUAGGUGGCACAGGAGCUCCCCUACUCCAGCUGGUGGGGGCAAUGUCUGGUGGACGGGAUCACCUGACAAGUGAGCAGAUGGGUCAGCAGAUUGCCCUUUUUCUUCCAGCUCCUAUGAGCUCCAUCCAGAGUGGUGCGGUGUGUUUUGUAUUCUCCCCGCCCCUUCUCCUUGCAUGUUAUUGUGGAGAUCUAUCUUGAGGAGAUCCUUUUGGAGGAGGGAUCUCCAAAAAUCCACCACGGUGAAAUCAGAGUCCUGGACAUGAAGAGGGAGUUGUGUGAAUUGUUCCAUUACAUCCUGCCUGGCACUUUGACACCUUCCCCUCCACCCCUGUUUGUUUUGCACAUGACUUCAUUGCGAGCUGUGCCACCCUUGCCCAACAUGGCUUCCUGGUGGCACUUCUCUUCCAUGAUGCAGAGAGGCCUUCAACCCUGGCUUUAAGGCAGGGGGAUUAUCAUGCACAAUGAAGCACCAAACAGUGGGUGUUCCCUUUCACCAGUCCAGCAGAGGGGGAAAAGCGUUCGCUUCCCUGCCUUUACCAGAUCUGCACACCUUUUUUUUCCCCCACACAAGUAAGGGUAAGGUGGCCUAGCACUUCCUCCAAACUUGACUGCCCCUUUGCAGGAAUGGAAUAGGUGUCACCAGCUGGGUGUCUCUUCUCAAGUGAGGAGAUGACUCCAGUCCCUUCUCAUGCCCCCCAACCAAAGACUGCAGGUAUUUAGGAAGCCAGCAGCUCCCUUUACCCAUACAGGAAAGUUUGCUGCUGAGGGAAGUAGAGUUUGAAACCCUUCCUUUGUUGUGGUGAUGGCGAUAGAAACCUGCUUGCGUUUUUCUUUUCUACACCACAUGCUUGCCCCAUCUCAUGGCCUUUCAGUUAGUCUGGGAUGACUUUCCAGCAGCUUUCUGUUUUCUGGUGGAGGGGGAUAGGCUCUUGGUGAUGCUCCCAGGCUACCAGGGGAGCCACAUGCUUGGGCCAGUUCAGGAUCACCCAGUGCCAAGUUCAUCCCGGUAUCUUUUUACACUUUUGUUAAGAAGCCAUUCCAAGUGGAACAAAGAGGGAGGGGAGGAGAGGAAGGAAUUUUGGAAGGGGAUAACCGGGGGGUGGGGGGGAGGGGGAGAGAGGCUGUUUUUAUGUCCAAAACUUCAUUCUGCAAAAGAAAACUUUAAGCUGCAGAAGUUAUUUUCCAAAAUAAAAUAAAAGCCGGAUCUUUUCCGUCUCAACAUG